AUGCAAUACAAAAUUUCAGUGGAUACAUUGUUACCUGUAAAAUAUGAGGAUUCAAUUUUUUUUUUCUUUGUACAAAAAACGCAGCAUCCAGUACCAGUACUUUGAACCUGGAUUUUCAAAGUUUAGUUUUUUGGGCCAUAAGUGUCGGUUUCGAAAAACUGAAGGAGAUAACCUGAAACAUCAUGAGGAUUGCUAAACAUCUUCCAAGAUCUGUAACCAAUGUGGUGGGAUUUUUGAAGCAGAGGGGGCUAUCCAACACCACCAAAACACCCAGCUCCAAGAGAGCCUCCAAACGAAAGGCUGGAGAUCCCGCCGCCCCCAUGAUGAAGCAAGCUAGACUUUUGCUGGACUUUCAAUAUCAGCCACAUGCCGGUGGUGUGAGAAUUGCGACUUGGAGAAUCCGAUAAAUCAAUGAGUUGGUCAUCUUCGGUGUCUCUAGCACCGAGCCAACACCUGUUGAAGCAGGAGGAAGACGUUAGUCUUGUCAAAACAUCUCUUCAAGAACCGAAUUGCAACAUAGCCGCUUUCAUCAAAGCAGGACCCUAUCAGCGUGAAGCACGUUUUGAAAUUAGCUGUGGCAUACCUAUUCAGUAUUAGGAUGGACGGAGGACUGAAUGAUUUUAUGACACACUUACCAGGAUAGCAGAAAAUGCGUUUGCGAAAAAAUUAUUUAGAGCAAACAGUUAAAUAGCACAAGGAUAUGAGAAAACUAACUUCGCACAU